AUGCACUUCUCCAGCAUUGUCGCAUCUCUGGCACUGACCACAUCGGUCUUGGCUGUACCGUUCCCUAAGGAAACCAGUCUAUACAAGGCAUUCCGUGACCGAGGCCGCGACUUCAUCGGCACAGCUCUGACCAUCCGCAAUGAGCCUGCUGAGCCCAAGAUUAUUGAUCAAGACUUUAACUCAGUCACUCCGGAGAAUGCCAUGAAAUGGGAGUCUACUGAGCCAUCUCGGAACAACUUCACGUUCGCUGGCGGCGAUGCGGUCGUUGCUUUCGCGAAGCAGUACGACCAGCAAAUCCACUGCCACACCCUGGUCUGGCACAGCCAAUUGCCCACGUGGGUCUCUGGCGGCGGCUUCGACAACAAGACGCUGAUCUCUAUCAUGGAGAACCACAUCAAGAACGUCGCCGGUCGCUGGAAAGGUGCAUGCACUCGCUGGGACGUUGUCAACGAGGCCUUGAACGAGGACGGCACCUACAGGAAAAGCGUGUUCCUCGACACCAUCGGCGAGGCGUACAUACCCAUUGCGUUCCGCCUCGCGGCCAAGUACGCCAAGGGCUCGAAGCUGUACUACAACGACUACAAUCUUGAGUACAACGGCGCCAAGACAGAGGGUGCUAAGAGGAUCGUUAAGCUUGUCAAGUCCUACGGCGUGAAGAUUGACGGUGUCGGUUACCAGGCCCACCUUGCCAGCGAGCCCACGGCAACAGCUCCCGGCGCUGUUCCCGACCAAGCCACCCUUGAGGCAGCUCUGAAGGCGACAUCUAACGAGGGCGUCGACGUAGUCUAUACUGAGAUCGACGUGCGCAUGAAUACUCCCGCCACACCUGAGAAGCUGGCGGUCCAGGCGGCGGCGUUCGAGCGCAUCGCAAAGUCCUGCAUUGCCGUGAAGCGCUGUGUCGGCAUGACCGUGUGGGGUAUCUCAGACAAGUACUCGUGGAUUCCGGGCGUCUUCGCUACAGAGGGCGCGGCGCUUCUGUGGGACGACAACUAUCAGAAGAAGCCUGCCUACGACGGGUUCCUGGCGGGUAUCAAGAAAGGCAAGAAGAAUUAG